AUGAGCAAACUGAAAAACGUCGAAUUCUUAUCAACGCCGAGAAAUUUCGGCUUGUCGAGAAAACAUCUGGCCACGGCCGAAAUCGAACUUCACGUGUACUGCGACGCGAGCCUCAGGGGCUACGGCUGUGUGGCAUAUUGCAGGAAAAUCUUCGACGGUAGCCAGGUCGAGGUAUCGUUCGUCAUGGCGAAAGGAAGAGUAGCUCCCUUGAAAGGAGACUAUUCUAUCCACCGUCUUGAGUUAUUGGGGGCGAUAAUAGCAAUCAGGACGGCGAAUAAAAUAUGCCAGGCGGCAGAAAGAGAGUUUUCGUCAGUAACCUAUUGGUGUGACAACGCGUGUGUACUGGCCUGGAUACGAGACGAUCCCAGCAGAUGGAAGCAAUUUAUCAGCAACCGCGUUACGGAGAUUCAGAACAGCUCAAAAGCAAGGCAAUGGAGGUACAUUCGCACGGCGGAAAACCCAGCAGAUUUAGUCAGUAGAGCCGACUCGCUGGACUCGCUGGAGAAACGAGAAUUCUGGUUACUCGGUCCAAAAUGGUUAAGGUCUGCGAACGACCCCAAGGAACACAGUUUGAAUGCGGAGAGCGUCCAGCAAGACGUCAGCAACGAGCGAAGGGCCCAAUGCGUCGUCGGAGCGGUAGUUAACCCAAGAGAUAGAGAUUCGAUCGGCUUGAGACAAAUUUCGUCGUGGGAGAAGGCAGUACGUAUAUUAGCUUACGCUCGCCGUUGGCUGACGUACAAAAGGAAAAGAAUUACUAGGCAAGAUAAAGGUAGGGAGGUGCCUGUCAUCACCUCUACGGAGUAUGCAGAGGCCGAAAAGUCUAUUCUAAAAGGGAUACAGCUCCGCAACUUCUCGGCGGAAUUGACCACAAAUUUGAAGAACGUAGACAAGAGCAGCCAAAUUUACCAGUUCAAUCCAAUCCUAGAUUCGGAUGGGUUGAUCAGAUGUGAAUCGCGUCUCAUAAAUUCGGAAGAGGUGGUGUUCGACGUAGCCCGGCCAAUCAUACUUCCAGGCGAGGACGAGAUGGUCAGGCUUUACCUGACGUGGCUCCACGAAAAGAUAUGCCUGCACGCAGGAGGCGUCGCAGGAAUGAUUCAAAGAGCAAGACGGAGGUUCUUGAUCUUGAGAGUCAGAAGGGCGGCGGCCAAAGUCAUGCACGAGUGCAGAGUUUGCAUUAAAUACAGGGCUAAGCCGGGAGAAGAGAUAAUGCCACCACUCCCGAAGUUCAGGAUCGACAGAGCCCCACCGUUUGCAGUGACGGGGGUAGACGCUGCGGGACCCUUCACGGUGAAAGAUGACGCGGGCAAAUAUCAGAAGGCCUGGGUGAUGCUUUUCGCCUGCCCACUGACUCGCGCAAUUAGACUCGAACUUGUGAGGAAUCUCUCGACGCUGGAAUUCUUGCUAGCGUUUCGCAGGUUCUACAACAGAAACGCCACAGUCACACAAAUGAUUUCGGAUAACGCAGCGGCGUUCCGGCGUUCGGCUCGCGAGAUGAACUACUUGCUGGGGGUCAGGAACACGGAGGAAGUCCAGCAGUUCAUGUCGAGACAUCAGAUUACGUGGACCUUUAAUGUAGCGCGCGCGCCAUGGAGGGUUUCAUUCUAUGAGAGGAUGUUUCGAAUGCUAAAGGAACCUCUGCGUCGGGUGAUGGCUAGGAAUAUCCUGCCAGCCUUCGAGUUCAUGACCUUGUUGACAGAUUUCGAGAAAAUAAUCAAUGAUAGACCACUGACAGCGGUGAGCACGGAUCCGAACGAACCGUUACCUCUGAAACCAUCAGACUUGUUGGGGGGUUAUCAGAAUUUUCCGGGGUUACCGGAUGCUGAGGAAGUGGCGAACGCCCUUAAAGGCAUGGACCCGGCGAUUUUCAGUCAAAGGUGGAAGGCUCAGCAGUCAAUACUGAACUCUUUCUGGAAUCGGUUCAAAAGAGAGUAUCUGCAGCAGUUGCGAUCAGCUCAUGCAGCAAAACCAGUCAAAAGCAGGAAUAUCAAGGAAGGCGAUGUGGUAUUGGUGGACGAUCCGGCGGCCAGCCGCGGAUACUGGCCUAUGGCCGUCGUAACCGAAGUUUCCGGCGGGGAGAGCUCGGAUGGUCGUCGAAGAACAUGUACCGUUCGACUCGCAUCCGGAGGCAACGGCAGAACGAUUCUUGUAAAGCGUCCGAUACAACUGCUCUACCCGAUCCACGUCUCCCAGGACUGA